AUGGGAGGUAAUGCUAGUUUGCCGAUCUCACAUUAUCAGUCAUGGAGUACCGGUUUCUUCGUAAGAAUCGCCGUACAAAUCUUCAUCUCUUUCGAUAUAUCGAUGACAUCCUCAUCGUUAACUGCGCCAGCUUUGCUGAAAUCGCCAGCAACAUCUAUGGGCCCAGCUUGCAACUCAACACCACCUACUUCGGACAAAGGGCUUGCUUUUUAG